AUGGAUCUGCCUUCAUGGAGCGAGAAUGUUAUCCCUUUAACAGAUUCAAGCGUGUCACCAAGUCACAAUAUCGGCAAUUCUUUUCAACAACUAAGCCUAUAUGAUUUGGCAAACACAACAGCAAACACAGAUUUGAACUUUUUAGAUUCAACUUCCAGCCCAUCGCUAUGUGAGGAGGAGGAAGAGGAGAGAAUUGGUCUCUCCUUGGACGAUCAGUGGUACUUCUCGCCCCAGGUUGAUACUGUGUUUCAGGAUGCAGCUGCUCUUUUAGGAUUAGAUUGUCCUAGUACACCUGAAAGCUCAUCCGACCAGUCUUGUGACGCAACAUUCAAUGUCGAUACCUUUAGUGCGACACAAGAUUUCCCUCCAGUCCACAUUCCUACUGGACAGCUUGAAUUAUCUUCUCAGGUCGGCCGCGCUCGACAGGGCAAGGAAAAGAAACACGCCACAAACAAGAAGGCAUUCGACGCAUUUCCUGAAUCUUACUCUUACGCGCAAGAACCUGCACAUUUAAAUGGUUCAACACCUGUACAAGUCUCCAUGGACGUUCAGCCAAGGCAUCUACAAUUUCCUCCUUCCCUUCAAUAUUCAACCGAUAUGAGUGGCUGGGAAUCGUCCAGUCGUUCAACUGGCCGGUCAGGGUACACAAUCAAUACGUCUAGCGGGCCACAGAAUUUCCCUCUAGCAUCCACUUCGACUCCCACAAAUAUACCUUUUGCACAUGUCCCCAGGGACAUUGAACGUGUCGCUAUGCCAUCGCGUUCUACAUUUCAGGAUGGUCCUAUUCAUCAAGCCAACUCUGAACGUUACAGAGUACCUAUUAACCCACUGGGACCCUUCCCGGACGAUAUUGACUGGCCGUCUCAAUGGAAUGCAGGAAUGUCUGGGAAUAUACCCAGAGAAGCUGACAUGACGCCUGUGGCGUCAAGUUCAGCAUUGACGAUUCCAUACAGGCUGGAACACCAAUCCCAGCCCGCAGCAUCACAGCAAUGGCCCGCGCAGGUGGGCAUAAACAACGGGUUCGAAGGGUCCAUGAUGUCCAACAAUGCAAUGAUAUCAAAUGACCCACCUACAUCAACCGUAGACGACACUGCGCGUCCGAAAAAACGAAGGGGUAAAAAACAACAGCAACAACAACACCAACUUUUCAGCGGAACACAUGAUGCAAUACUUUUUUGCACUUGUGUAGAAAGUGGUGUAAAAUGCAACGAGCCUUUGAUCAGUCAAGCUCACCUCGGAAACCAUGUUGCUAAUUACCACGAUGUUAAGAGGGGAAGGAGUGGUAAUGAGGUUAAGGAAUGUCCUUGGGAAGGAUGCGAUAAACAUCUGAAAGUCAAUAGUCUCUGGCGGCAUAUAAUUCGAGCACACGGAAAAAUGCUGCCGAAAGAGUGA